GUCAAACAGAUCUUCCUUUUUCAGGUGUUAACCAAGCGUCCAGCCCGGAGGGGGUAGUUUGUAGGGGGAAAAAAAAUCCUCUCCCCUCUCUCCCACGAUUAGCAGUUCCGAAACCAAGGGUUUCUAUCGCCGUUCGUGCGACUUUCCAAUCGCCACUCUCCGGCGAAGUGGCCCCGCUUCCCGGCGGUUUGGCUGUAUGAGUGCUCCUUGCGGCCUUAUAAGGCCCUGGUUGCCUCUUAGGAUUCAUCAAGUUCCAAUCCCCCUCUUGCAUCUUCAAUUGCAAUUGUCGCCUUUGUCCGUCGUUGAGCAUUGCCCCAUGGCUGCCACGGUCAGUGCUGUGUUCACAGAUGAAGCAAUUGCCGUCUCUGAAGAGCGAAUCAGCCUCAGCCUCAUUGGGCGAAUCUUUGGCCCCGCUCCAUCGACGGGGAGUCUUCAGCAUUUCUUGGUUGACGUUUGGAACUGCAAGGGGUCGCUGACGGUUCUCCCGAUGCCGGCGGGCCUGGUCCAAUUCAUCUUCUCGGAACCUUUGGAUCGAAAGAAGGUGCUGGCGGUUACUCCCUGGAUCAUAUCCCGAUUCAUGAUUCAUGUUCAAGAAUGGGAGGAACCAUCAGAGGAGGUCGCCCAAUCGCUCUUACGGGUGCCGCUUGACGUUCAACUUUGGGAUGUUCCCUAUGAACGCCUCACCACCCUCAUGGCACGAUGCCUUGGUUCAGCAAUGGGGGACCUCAAGGAUGCUGCUGUCUAUGCGGGAUCUGAAAUUGGCGGGGCUUUCCUCCACGUUCGAGUGGCUCUGGAUGUUUCGGCUCCGCUGCCACAGACUGUAUCUGCUUCUCAUGUGGCCAACAGUAAGGGUCCUUUCAAAGCUCUGGUUUUGUUUGAACGUCUCCCGUUGUUCUGCUUUUGUUGUGGAGUUAUAGGUCACAGUGGCCGUCGUUGUGCUCGUGCAUCGGAGUUCGUCGGGAAACCUCUGCCAUAUGGGAGACAUACGCUGGCCAAAGAAGAGGGGUCUAAAGUCGACGAACGCACUCUCAAGCGUCGCCAUCCCAAGCUAUCCUGGACUCGGCACUCUAGGGAGUCUUCUGCCGUGGGCAAUACUUCCGCUACUCUUUUACUCGCGGCCACAAAGGUGGACCAGGCCCGUUCGGGAAUGCAGCGGCUGGCCAUUCAGGCCGCUCAGCACACUUCAGUGGUGCUUGGUGGUUCAUCAUUGGUGCGCAAGCGAGAUUCACUGGAGGAAGGGGAGAUUAUUCCGGAUCCUAAGGCUGUAUGUCUGAAUGCAUCAGAGAUGGUUGCUGGUAUUGAUGAAUCUGAUGUCAGGGUGGAGGCAACCGGCCCAGCUCGGUCCCAGUCCACAUCAUGAGUGUUCUAGCGUGGAAUUGCCGAUGUUUUGGCAAGGCCUUGGCAAGGAGAACUCUCUCUGCCGUUGUAAAUAGUAGAACUCCCAUGAUUGUUUUCCUUUGUGAAACUAAGUGUCGUGAUAGAAAAGUGAUGAACCGCUUGCGUCGUUUAGGUUUCGUUGAUUGUGUCAUUGUUAGUCCUAUCAAUACUGCAGGUGGUUUGGCAGUAGGUUGGACAGGUGAUAUCAAUUGUAGGGUGUUGUUUCAGUCUGGAUUCUUUAUUGGAUUAGAGUGUGAUCAUCAGGUCUAUGGUUUAGUUGCUUUUGUGUUUGUCCAUUUGGAUUGUAACGAGGCUUUGCGCCAACUACAGCUGAAUGAAAUUGUUGCUUAUCU